UCUUCUUCUCCUUCUUUUUUUCCUUUUUUUUUUGGUUUUUAAUCUCCUUCUACGUAUUUCCUUUAUCAUAUCCAUCAAACUAUCUUUAAGAUUAUUAUAAUACACAACACAACACAACACAUCAGAUGAAAAUGUAUUUCUGUUGAUCCUUAUAUUUAUGCGUAGAUAAUUAUAUAUAUCACCCGAAAGAAAGCAAGAUAAGGAAUCCUCCAAGUAGGAUUUUGUUUUGAUGGAGGAGAACCCGCAUCGAGUUUCACGUAGAAACAUUGGCGGGACCCACUUUCAAAACGACGCCGUCGACGAAGAAAACCGUCGCCAACGGCAAUACAACCACCAAACUCACGUCGACGAAGUCAAAUGCUCAAGCAAGAGAUGCCGGUCGUGGGCUGCGGCGGCGAUUGCUGACUGUGUAGCACUUUGUUGCUGUCCAUGUGCGAUCAUAAACCUUCUUACCCUCACUUUAGUCAAAGUCCCGUGGAUGAUCGGACGGCGAUGUCUCGGCGGCGGCGGCCGGAAUACGAAGAAGAAGAAGCGGAGGUUACUUCACCGGAGGAGACAACGCCGCGGGAAAAUUAACGGCGAAGAUGAGUUUCACGAUCAUAGUAAUCAUCACCGCCGGUUUGAGACGGCCGAUAAUGAUGAGAAAUGCGGCGGUGGUGGAGGAUGUUGCGGCGGCGGAGAUUAUGAUGAUCACCGGUUUGUGGUGGAGAGAGAUGGGAGUUUAACGAAAGAGGAGGAUGAGGAGAAAACGACGUCGUUAAGAGGAGAUGAUGAGUCGAGAAUAAGUGCAAGAGUUGAAGCGGAGAGAGUGUGGUUAGAGUUGUAUCAGAUUGGUCAUCUUGGAUUUGGUAGAGUCUCCUUCACUGGGAUUCAAUGAUUGAUCAAUAA